AAUGCUGAGUCCUGCAUUCGCCGUGUUGUGUCACACGCGAUCAGUACUUUGCGGGUUGUCGAGUGCGUGUUGCUUUGUGUACCAAAGAGUCUCUGGAGGAUGCCGUCCCGCUGGCCUCCGCUGGGCCUCCAGCUGCUGGUGUUGGCGUCGCUGUCCUCUGCGGGCGCCGCCAUCAGGUGUCCGGAGGCUUGCCGCUGCGGUCAGUCUCGCACGCGCACCGCCGCCGACUGCUCCAGCUCGUCGCUCAGCAGCGCCCCGGCCGGCCUGGACGCCGCCACCACCAUCCUGGACCUGUCCUACAACCGACUGGCGGCGCUGCGCAACGGCUCCCUCAGUCGGGUGUCCUCCAGCCUCCAGAAGCUGGUGCUCCUGGAGAACGUUAUAGCCGAGGUGGAGUCGGGCGCCUUCCAGGGUUUCUCUCAGCUUUGGUGGCUCAGCCUGGAGAACAAUGCCCUGCACAACCUUCACCCGUACACGUUUUCGGGCGCACCAAAGCUGUGGAAGCUGAUCCUCAGUGGGAACCCUCUGCACCUCCCACUGGAUGGGGGGCCAUUUCUGGUGGCCCCGCACCUGAGGAUUCUGGAACUCAGCCGAUGUGGCAUCUCUACUGUGCCGCCUGCUACCUUCCGGAACCUCACCGGCCUCUGGACUCUGCGUCUCAAGGAGAACCGCCUGCGUGCUGUCGACGGCCUGACGGACCUCCCGGAGCUGGAAGUUCUCGAUCUCCACGGGAAUGAGAUCGUCUCCAUCCGACCGGACGCGUUCAUCGCUGUGCCCAAGCUGAAGCAGCUGAAUGUGAGCAGCAACCCACUGUUGGUGCCGUCCAGCGGAACAUUUCUGAACGCGGCCCACCUGUCCUUUCUGGAUCUGAGUCGCACUAACGUGACACGUCUGGGCCCCGAUGUUUUCAGCGGAACGCCAGCACUCACUGUCCUCAGGAUAAGCAAGACGCCGCUGAGCUGGAUCGACUCCCGAGCGUUCUCCAACCUGUCCCAGUUGGAGAGGGCCGCUCUCGACAACAACGCCAUCUCGACGCUGGACGCGAGUACGUUCUCGAGCAACGGCCAGCUGCUCGAGCUGGACCUGAGCGGCAACGGGCUGGAGGUGGGGGCGCAGAGGGUGCUGCUGCGGGCGGCGGCGCUGACGCGGCUGGAGGUGGGCGGCGCGCGCAUGCCCGCGCUGGGGGCCGACACCUUCCGGGGACUCCCCGCGCUCAGCGUGCUGGGCGCGCCCGCCUGCGGGCUGGCCAGCCUCGCCGACGACGCCUUCGCCGCCCUGCCCGACCUGUACGAGCUGCACCUGCAGGACAACCUGCUCACCGCGCUGCCGCACGCCGCCUUCAGCCGCUGCCACCGGCUCGCCGAGGUGAACCUACGCGGCAACAGGCUGCUACAGCUGUCGUCGUUCCCAGCGGCUCCGGCACUGGAGCGCCUGGACUUGGGACACUGCGGCCUGGAGGGUGAGCUGCCUUCGUUUGGGGCCGCGCCCAGGCUGCGCCGCCUGCUGAUCGACGGCAACCGGCUGACCAGCCUGGACGCUGAAGGCCUGACGGCUACACUGCCCCAUCUGCGGCGGCUGGGCGUGCAGAACAACCCUUGGAGCUGCGACUGCAGGCUCAGGCCGCUGUGGCGCUGGUGCCACGCUGCGGCUGCAGUCAGGAGCCCUGCUGUCCAGGUCUUGGGGAGGCCCAUCGACAUUGGAGAAGACGCAACUCGCUGUCCAGAGGACGUGAUGUGCGGACAAGCACAGCACGAGCACUGGGACCUGCUGGAGACGCUGCACUGCCCAGGAGACCCAGAGUCUGGAGAGGCCGUCGCCGAACACGACCCUAACCUAGACGUGGAGAUGAUCAGCAUGUCAGGGCGACAGCGUUCUGCACGGCGCGCCUGAGCUCCCACAGGAUGCUGUCUUGGUUUCUGUAAAUGCCAUUUGUGGGAAUCACAAGUUACACUGUGCUGCUACACCUAUGUUCCACCUGGCUGUACUGAAAUUGAUGUCAUGCUUAAUGUACCAAGCGACUGCUUACAGGUUAAUGGACAGGGAUAUUAAUCUGUACUCUACAGUUCAGUUCACUGAAGACCUAAAGGCCAAGAUGAGAGACAGACCAGGUGGUAGUUUUAAGGAUGAUGGAAAUAAAUCACGAUAUUCCUGCUGGCUGUGUAUUGAGGGAAGCCCUGUCUGCUCUAAGAAGUGAUUAGUCUGAGGUCGACGGGCAUGAUGCGAUGUGGUGGGUACAUAAAUCUCCACUCUCUUCGAAGAUCCAAGGGCUGUGAUAAUCAUAUAACAAAUUUUCUCUCUAGUUAUGUUGGACUUGCUAUGCAGAAACAGGUAUCUAUACCCAUUCGAUGUAUGAUUUCCUGAGGGAAAUGAUGCUUUACAUUCCAAGAAGUGUAUGUGGGUGCGAUGGAAAAACUAUGCUGUAUCAGAGUUUCUCCUUCUUUCGGAACAGUGAAACACAUUGAAAGAAAAUCUUCUUACAGUCGGUCACUUCAGUAACAGAAAACAGUACCAUUUUUGACACGCUGAUGCACUGUUGGCACGAUCGCUCACGGUAAAUGCUUUCUGACACCUCAAAGAGCGUUGUAAGUACCAAUCCGUAAGAAGACCACUUUCAUCUAUGGUAGGAAGCCAAGAUGGAAACUUCUCGACUUAGCAAAGCAAGAUUUUCUUUAUUAUAAACAAACUGCUCUUUUCUAUUUAAAUUUAGACUUUUCAAUCAACGCACGUUAUGCAUAAUUUUUCCAGUCAAUAGAUUCCAUUUCUGAAGCGCAAUUUCGGAAGAGAUUGCAAAAAAUCGCUCUAUAUCUGCCCUAAUCUCUUCGUUAUAAAAAUAAAGACAAACGUUUUUCUUUUUAUAGAUUUGAUAAUAGGUGUAAAUCAGAGGAUGUCAGACCUGAUAGAGUGAAUGUUUCGAAGUUUCGUACUACAGGCCACUCAGUUUUCAAGUUGUCAAAGAAUCUUGGGAGGAAGAGAAUCUGUCGUGGUGGAAGAUGACUUUUUCUUUUGCAGUCCAGGUCUCCUGUUAUUUUUUCUGACAUUUAAUCUCGGAAACUUAGUUGGUAUACUCAAACUUGAAAGUAGUCAUUUUAUCCUCUCCACGGUAACCGAUAAGGAGGCUCCCUUUUGAAUUCUAAACCAUAACCUUCCUGUCAUCUUAAAUCGACUUUGACACCGGAAUCCAUUCACUACUUUGACUCGUGUUACGUUUCUUGCGUAACCUAUCUCUCUACCACAGUAGCAAAUUUGUGUACGAUAUCAGGUGAAAUAUUGUUAACACUGCUGAGAUAUUCGUUCUUACUUUUGCUUUUGGAUAGCGUUCUGUUGCAUAAUCCAAUAUGCAUAAAUCUUUCUCAUAGUUAAUUAUUCAAUUAAAAUAGACUGUACAGUUUUUUCGGAUAUUACUUUGUUUAAAGUUGUAACUACAGCCAGCCUCAACACACACACACACACACACACACACACACACACACACACACACACACACACACACACACAAUAGCUACAUGGUACAAACGUUUACUGAGUAUCGUACCACAUCAUAAUACAAAAAACUAUACUGGAGAAAGCAACGUUUCGGCUACGGUUACAGUAACCUAUACAAUUAUAAAUAGAUACAUAUUCAGCACAACAAAAGACGACAGAGUUAACCUGGAGCGGAAUAAUGGUGUCAUCUGUUUCACAUACGUCUUAUCAACAGUUGUGCAGUACCAUGUUAUGCACAGUCUCUGUUUUCAUUCGCGACUGCAGUCUUAGGAUAUCCUUCGUGUAUCGUCUCCAAGUGGACAGCCACAUUGAAAUCAACAGCCCUUCGCUUGACUGUAGAAAAUAAAUACGUUGACUCGUCACAGACCUUCAACAAGUUCGGAUGAAUUUACUAGAGUGGUGGGCAGUCGAGAACUAAGGUUUUUACGUUAGCAUAGCGGUCCAGUACAUCCAUCUGAACGAAAUGCACGCAACACAGCUAUUUUAAAAACUUUUAUAAACCAAGCCUUUCUCGCAGACUAGGUAGGUACCUUGGUUGAAGUCAGCACCAUAUUUAUGUUAGACUGUCAACUUUUCACAUUGUUUUCGUAGACAGUGCUUUGAUAUUUAGGCUUCAUACAAAGCAAAGUAGUAUUUGGAUACGGGUCUCACCUGAGGUCGACAUGCUGAGGCCUUUGGAUGUAAGCCACAAGGAAUGUCAUAUGAUAACAUGACAUAGGGCUGUAGAAAACUGUCGUUGAUGAAGUACGCCGAUAGAGAUUCGUUUCUGUCUGACGGGGUUUGCAAGUAUGGUCACGAUUUGAGUGUCUAGUUGAUGUGUCUGAAUGAAGCAAAGAGAGCUUAAAGUACUACAAUGCUGCUGUAUUCAUAUCGAUACUUUUGUAGACGGAACUUGCUAUUUUUUAGCCGCUAUAUCUCUGACAUUGCCUUGGUUGUAAACGAUUUUUACGCAUAUACUAGUUCAUUAAACUCAAAAAAAGCUUUUUAUAUAAGAGGACUUUGUAUGGACUGAUGUACUUUUGAAAGAAAAGAUUGUGACAAUGGCUGAAUGUUUGCAAUUUCUUUGUAAAUUAAUUUAUUAUGCUUCAAAUUAGUCAUUGUAAAUGAAUUGUUUAUUAAUAUGAAAUAAAAACUGUCCACCCAUCUUUUCGUUCAUUCAUGCUCUACACAUUUGAUCAUGAAAGAAAGCCGUCAAAGAUGUGGAAUUUCGUAUUCAUUUAUCAAAUUCUGUAGAUUACUUCAAGAAGAGAACCUUAAGCAGAAUUAGUUAAUCAUACAUUAACAAAAAGUGUCUGUAUUAGCAAUAAACUAUUACUGUACUGGUUAA